AUGGUGGGCUCAUUGCCUACAUCAAUGGAAUGGGAAACCAAUUCUGUUACCUCACCCCCAGUUGAUUAUCACGACGGAUGCGUCCCUGCAGGGUUGGGGGGCCCAUUGCAAAGGAGAAAAGACGGGGGGAAGGUGGACCAUAGAGGAAAGCUUAAAUCAUAUAAACCACUAGGAAUUGUUAGCUUCGUUUCUAGCGUUGAAGGCAUUUGCAAGGAACCUGCAGAACUGUCAUAUAAGGCUUCGGCUAGACAAUACGACAGCAAUUGCCUACAUCAAGCACAAAGGGGGUACUCACGUAGACAGCCUGUCCAGACUUGCUCUCCAAAUGUGGAAAUGGUGCAGGGACAGGAAGAUCGUGCUCACAGCACAUCAUGUACCAGGGAAGGACAAUCAGGUAGCGGACUUUCAGUCCAGGGUAUUUGUCGACAGAUUGGAAUGGAUGCUCGACCCACUAAUAUUCUCCCUAAUAUGCAAGAAAUUGGAGUUUCAUCCCACAGUGGAUUUGUUUGCAUCCCGGAUAAACCAUCAACUGCCUCGAUAUGUGGCCUGGAGGGCAGAUCCAGGGGCUAUAGCGAUCGAUGCAUUCUCGAUUGCAUGGACGAAAGAACAAAGUUAUGUGUUUCCGCCCUUUUGUCUCUCGACACAAGUGCUAAGGAAGUUGCAGGUGGACAAAGGAGAGGCUCUGGUGGUCGCUCCAACAUGGAUGACUCAAGUUUGGUACCCAAUGUUAGUUCAAAUGGCCAUAGCACAACCACAAUUACUACCUCUAGGACGGCAGAUAUUAACACAGCCACAUUCGAAUCAGGCCCAUCCGUUAACCGGGACACUACAUUUAGCGGCCUGGCUUGUCUCAGGCAACAUUAUGCGAGUAAGGGAUUUUCACAAGAAGUUGCGGAUGUCAUGGUCGACAGCUGUAGAGGAGCCACCCAUAGACAAUACCAGUCCGCCUGGAAAAAGUGGAGUGGCUGGUGUAAUCAACGGAAUAUUUCUCCGGUUUCAGCACCUUUGAGUUUUAUUUUAGAUUUUUUAGUUGAGUAUGAAAAGCAAGGUCGGAGCUACAGAACUAUUAGUGUAUACAGGUCUGCCAUUUCGCGUUAUCAUGAACCAAUUAAUAAUUGUACAAUUGGUCAAAAUGCGGAUGUAUGUUGUUUAAUGAAAGGGUUUUUUAAUCGGAACCCCCCUAAGCCUAAAUAUUUAGUUACAUGGGAAAUUGAACCGGUACUGUCUUUUCUUUUAAGUCUCCCAGAUUGGGAAUCUCUCUCAUUAAAAAUGUUGACGCUAAAGAUGGUUUUAUUGCUCAACUUAGUUACAAUAGGUAGAGUGUCAUCAUUAGUGCAUAUAGAUAUUUCACGUCUUAAUAUUUCUGAAAAUUCUUUGAAAUUCAUACCGUCGAAACUGGCUAAGCAGAGUAGGCCCAAUUAUAACAUAAGGUGGGUCGUGAUAGAAGCAUUUGAGGAUAAACGUCUCUGCCCAGUUACGGCGGUGACAAGGUAUUUAGAAUGUACCAGGGUCAUUCGAGGAACAGAGAAUCAACUUUUAGUGAGUUACUUAAAACCGCACAAGAAGGUGGUUUCAUCUACUGUCAGUAGAUGGAUUUGUGAUAUGUUAAGUCAAGCAGGGGUGGAUACACAACAGUUUAAAGCUCAUUCUACUCGUGGUGCAGCAGCAUCAGCUUCACAGAGGCUGGGGAAACUGAAGUUAAGCUAA